AUGAAAGGCUUCAUAUCUUAUUCGACCGUUGAUGAGAAUGGGUGCCAAAUCACCUACAUAAGUCACUCUGAUCCUAAAGGAAAACUACCGACAUGGUUGGUCAAUCGUCUAACACGGGUAAAUGCCCCUAAAGUUAUUAAGCCAUUGCACAAGGCUUGUCUUGCGUAUCCAGAUUGGAAAGAACAGAACCAACCUCAUCUCAAACCUUGGAUUUUUGCGGAGCAACAGAUGGAAUUUCCGCGUGUCGAUUUAUCCAAAUGUCAACCCCAGGAAUAUGAACAAGAAAUUAUAGACGAAUAUUCUGAAGCAGAUCCAAGCAAGGAAAUUGACGUUGAAGAAGAGUAG